AUGGAGGACAGCAGAGGAUCUAGCGCAGACGCGACUGGACUUUCUACUAUGAUCAGGGACUUGUCGCUGAACAGUGGUAGCGGGUCGAAACAGAACUCGACUAGCACUGGCGUUGGUGUUGCUGGUGCCACGGGUGCACCAGCUUCUGGAGAAACCUCAAGUCGCAAGACUUCCCCGAUGAGCUACGCCAGCGCAGCCCAACAGUCGGGAGCGGAGAGCGGGGUACUUGGUGGCACAGCGGGCGGGCCGUACGCAGCUUCGGCUGCUGCGCAAACCGCACGUGCGCCCUCCGCGAGCAGUACCAGCAGCAUCAGCAGCGGCGGCGGCAGCAAAGGCCCCGGCGGAGCGCUACAGGCCGCUGGGGAGAGCAUCCCUCCUGCGCAGAGCGUAUCGGGCGCUGGUGCCGCUGGUUUCGGAGACGGAUCUGUGGCGGGCUUCGCCCUAAACGGUAUGAGCUCGUUGCCAGCGAGCGGAGCUACUGCUGUGCCAGCCGCAUCAGCGAGCGGAACGGGCGAACUGCCAAACGUGUCUCUCUAUGUUGGCGAUUUGCAGCCAGAUGUCGUUGAACAGAACCUUUUCGAGCUGUUUUCCUCCGUCGGACCGGUCGUCUCGGUAAGAGUCUGCCGCGACGUUGUAACCCGUCGCUCGCUUGGUUACGCGUACGUCAACUUUCAGAACCCAGAAGACGCCGAGAGAGCGAUCGAUGUCCUGCAGUUCUACGAGGGGCCGCUCACGAAAAAUAAGCCCAUUCGGAUCAUGUGGAAGCGCAGUGAUCCUUCGCAACGCCGAAAUCCCGAGGGAAAUAUCUUCAUCAAAAAUCUCGACAAGAGCAUUGACAACAAAGCGUUGUACGACACAUUCAGCACAUUUGGCAAGGUUCUUUCGUGCAAACUUGCGACCGACGACAAAGGCAAUUCCUUGGGAUAUGCGUUCGUGCACUACCAGGACGCGAAUGUGGCGAAAUACGUCAUCUCGAAGAUGAACGGCAUGUUGCUCAACGGACAGAAGGUUUACGUUGGAGAAUUUCGCCCAAGACGCGAGCGCGAAGCCACUGGGGAAUUAUCCACCAAGUUCACGAACGUGUACGUCAAAAACUUGGAUGAGUCGUUGUGCACGACCGAAGAGGUGACAAAGCUAUUCGCACCAUAUGGAAACAUCACGUCGAUUUUCAUCCCAACGGAAACCGUUCAGGAGCAGCAACCACACCACGAAGACGAGCACCGUGCACCUAGUGAAGAAGCGAGCAGCGAAGCGGGUCGCCAGGGUGGCAGCAGCCAAGAGGUCAAGUCGGCGGGCGCCGACCAAUCGAAUGCGGCACCAGACCUGGAAACGUCGGAACGGAACGAUGGAGCCAAGGCUCCAGAGAAUCGUGCGCAUGCUCAAAGCGUUGUGCGCGUGCGACCUCGAGGAUUUGCCUUUGUCAAUUUUGAGACGCCCGAGCAGGCAGCUGCAGCUGUAGAGGCUCUGAAUGGAAUGGAGCUUAACGGAAAGACGCUCUAUGUCGGGCGAGCACAGAAGAAAGCCGAACGCGAGGCGAUGCUACGAGCGCAAAUGGAGCAGCUGCGCAACGACAGGAUGCAGAAACUCCAGGAUGUGAACCUUUUCGUGAAAAAUCUCUCCGAUGAUGUGGAUGAGAAUCGCCUCCGAGAAGAGUUCUCCCGCUUUGGCACAAUCACCUCGCUGCGUAUCAUGCGCGAUGAAAAGGGCGUGUCGAAAGGGUUCGGGUUUGUUGCGUUUUCGCACCCUGAUGAAGCGAUCAAGGCCGUCACUGAAAUGAACCAGCGAAUUGUCGGUCAGAAGCCGAUAUACGUGGCCCUCGCGCAACGCAAAGACCAAAGAAGAGCACAGAUCGAGGCACAGCGAGCGGCGAUGAUGCGAGCCCAGAUGAGCUUCCUUCCGCCUGGCUUGGCUGCAUCCAUGUACGUUCCUGGAACUGGCAUGCCGACACCUUCGGGUUAUCCAUAUCCGUACGCAGUGCAUCCGAUGCAGAUGCAGAUGUCCAUGGGCAUGAGCCGCGCUAUGUCCGCGAUGCCCGGUGGUGCUGCCUCGGGUGCCAUGACGUACGGCGGAUUCGCAAUGCAGCCAAAUAUGGCGGUUGGAGCAUCAGGUAUCCCGCGGAUGAAUAUGACCUCGCCGAAUAUGACGAACGCUGCGCCCGCAUCCGCCGGCAGUAUUCCAAUGGGCGGCCCAAAUGCCGCCAUGCUGAUGCAGGGCCGCAUACCCUACGCUACCGUGGGAUCGCAGCAGCCAAUGACGAGCACGCUUGGCUCUGGUCAGGUUCUGCAGAACAGCGGGGCGCCGGGCGCUGUAGUCGGCGUACCCGGAUCGGCAAACGCCGAAGCAGGUGCCACAGCGGCCGCUUCUGGUCAUCCCAACCCGAACUUUGCUGCAAGCGGCGUUGCAGGUCGUGCGGGGCCUCGCCAAGCGCGAAUGGCUGCCCGUAUGGGUCCAGCAUCUGGCCCGAUGCCGGGAGUAUCCAUGCCAGCCAUGGCGUCAGGGUUACCGACCGGCCUGGGUGCACCCGGCAUGGGCUACAAAAUGGGUGGCGCGAUGCGGGCGCCUCCUGGCGGUACCAUGGCGGGUAUGGUUGCCAUGUCACCAAUGACAGCUGGGGCGGGCAACACGGUACCGUCCGGUGCCAUGGGUAACAUGAUGAUUGGCUCUGCGGCAUCGCAGCCGCUCACCGUCCAAAUGCUUGCGAAUGCGGACCCCAAACAGCAGAAACAAAUCCUUGGAGAGCGGCUCUAUCCACUCGUUUACCAGCAACUUGUGCGUGAGGGUAAGCGAGAGCUCGCUCCGAAAAUAACCGGUAUGCUUCUGGAGAUGGACAACUCCGAAGUGCUCCACCUUGUUGAGUCCCCAGAGGCCCUGCAGGAGAAAGUCGAAGAGGCGCUCGAAGUCUUGCAGCAACACCUGGCUAGUUUACAGGCCAAGGCCGCUCAGCAUACCUCCGCACAACAGGGCUUGUCAUCAACAGCGCCGUCAAACUCUAGCGCGUAA